AACUUUUUAGGCGUUUCUGUAUUUUUGUACUUCUCUUCACAGUUACAUAAUGGCGUCAAGUUCAUCCGCCCCUUCUCAGCCUGAAUUGGAUCCUAAAACCAAAGCGCUCAAUGGAUACCGUAGAAAACUGUUGGAACAUCGCGAAUUGGAUGCUAAACUCAAAGACAUGCGUAUGGGCUUAAGAGCCUUGGACAAAGAAUUUGACAAGUCCGAAGACGACAUCAAAGCACUCCAAAGUAUCGGUCAAGUCAUUGGCGAAGUAUUGAAACAACUGGAUGAUGAACGAUUUAUUGUAAAGAAUACAAGCGGUCCUCGUUACGUUGUCGGCUGCCGUAAUACCGUCGAUAAAGAAAAGCUCAAGCAAGGCGCUCGUGUUGCUUUGGAUAUGACCACAUUAACAAUUAUGCGCAUUUUGCCACGAGAAGUCGAUCCUCUUGUUUACAACAUGUCUACCGAAGAUCCCGGUAACGUUAGUUUUGCCGGUAUCGGAGGUCUUGGCGAACAAAUCCGAGAAUUACGAGAGGUGAUUGAAUUACCAUUGAUGAAUCCUGAAUUAUUCUUGCGUGUCGGUGUGAAACCUCCCAAGGGUGUGUUGCUGUACGGUCCUCCCGGUACCGGCAAGACUCUGUUAGCAAAGGCGGUGGCCAGCACAUUGCAAGUCAACUUUUUAAAGGUCGUUUCCAGUGCCAUCGUCGACAAAUACAUUGGUGAAAGUGCGAGAUUAAUCAGAGAAAUGUUUGGUUAUGCAAAGGAUCAUGAACCUUGUAUCAUUUUCAUGGAUGAAAUCGAUGCCAUUGGUGGUCGUCGUUUCUCCGAAGGUACAUCAGCAGAUCGUGAAAUUCAACGUACAUUGAUGGAGCUUUUAAAUCAAAUGGAUGGUUUCGACUACCUGGGACAAACAAAAUUGAUCAUGGCCACAAACCGUCCCGAUACUUUGGAUCCUGCGUUACUUCGUCCAGGUCGUCUCGACAGAAAGAUCGAAAUUCCUUUACCAAAUGAGCAAGGUCGCUUGGAAAUUUUAAAGAUCCACGCAGGUCAUAUCACAAAACACGGUGAUAUUGAUUACGAAGCUAUUGUGAAAUUAUCGGAUGGUUUCAACGGCGCAGAUUUGAGAAAUGUUUGUACAGAAGCAGGCAUGUUCGCUAUUCGAGAGGAACGUGAUUAUGUGAUCCAAGAAGAUUUCAUGAAGGCAGUACGAAAGGUGGCGGAUGCAAAGAAAUUAGAAACCAAGUUGGAUUACGAAAAGAUGUAAAAAGUGACAAUAAAAUGAAACGGUCGACUGUCUUUUUAUCCUCUGCUCUCGAUGAGAACGUUUGCAGAAAAAAGUCUUGUGACAACUCGUAU